AUUGACGAGCUCAUGUCAAGGCACAUCGCCCACCUCUUCAUUCGGGAUCCAAUUAGUCUGUUUGCCGAGAAAUUGCAACCGUCGUCGGAGAAUGACACUGACCACUUUGAGCGCUUCCUUCUACCACCAAGCAUGCAUGAGGUGAAUGUCCAGCGACCCCUUUUGCCCUUGGACUCGGUGACCAAAGCCCCGGUUAAAACCCCUACUGGUUUUAUGAUCGCCCCGAUACUUGCCGUUACUAUCGGCGUCUGUGCGUCCUGCAUGAGUUCGGAUGAUCCACGCAUUUUCGUUAUCCCUUCCUUGAAAGUUGUGUUUACGGCCCUUGGUGCAGUAUUCUUGACACAGAAUAUUCAGUCCACCAAUUGGCAGUCCAUGCGGUUCAAGCCACCGCCCGCGAACUCGGACAUUGGCUGGCGCGUUGAGUUUCGUCCAAUGGAGUUGCAGCUGACUAACUUCGAGAAUGCAGCUUUCGCAACCUUCAUUGUCCUGCUCACACGUACAAUCCUCUCCCUCAAACUCAACUUCCUCAUCCCAAUCUCAAAGGUCGAGGCGAACAUGAGAAAUGCAGUCAAGCGAGACGCUGUUAAUCAGGCUCGCUUUUAUUUCCGCAAAGGUGACCUCAUAACUACUGGUAAGGGUUACUUCCCAGUGCAGCCUCCAGAUUUCGCUUUAGGUAUUCUCAGCAUUCGGGUAUCAUGCUAG